UUACCGCAACCAAUGAGUCUGUCAGAUUUAGCAGUGAACGCCUUCAUUUCGUUACCAAGCACGAAAACGAAACAACAGCGUUUACAACGAAAUACUGGACUUUUUGUAGGAUUCAAUGGCAGGGAACGAAAGUAUUUUUCUGAGAGCGAAGGAUCGGACUUAUAAAGGGCUGACAGAAGAUGAGCAGAAGGAGUGGAAUGGCCCUUUUUAUUUCAUCAAGGCGGCGGAUCCCCAGCUUGGCCUGAUGAAAGCGUGGAGGAUAGGUGACUGUGACUCAGGAGGGGAUGAGUGGGCUGAGGAGGUGCAGCUCACAAAGCAGGCGGUCCAGGCCAUCAACAAACUUCAACCCAGACCUCGCUUCGUUGUGCUGUGUGGAGACCUGGUCCACGCUAUGCCUGGAAAUUCAUUCAGGGAAGGCCAAGUUAAGGAUCUCAAAGCAGCACUAAGAGGCAUUGACCCUAACAUUCCUCUCGUGUUUGUCAGCGGCAACCACGACCUUGGCAACGCGCCCACUCCGGACACCGUGGAGCAGUUCUGCCGUGACUGGGGCGACGAUUACUUCAGUUUUUGGGUGGGCGGGGUGUUGUGUUUGGUUCUGAACUCUCAGUUCUUCUUUGACUCAUCAGGCUGCCCUGAGCUAACGGCGGCUCAGGAGGUCUGGCUGGAGAAGCAGCUACAGAGGGCCGCCCAGACCCCAUGCCGGCACGUGCUCGUCUUUCAGCACAUUCCACUCUUCCUCAGUGCGCCCGAGGAAGAGGACGACUACUUCAACCUGCAGAGAGGGAUCAGAGAGCGCCUGAUCCGAAGGUUCAAACGAGCAGGUGUGAAAGCCGUGUUCGCUGGUCACUACCACAGAAAUGCCGGGGGAUUCCAUGAUGGGCUGGAUAUGGUGGUGAGCUCAGCGAUUGGCUGUCAGUUGGGAGAUGACACGCAUGGCGUGAGGGUGGUGGUAGUUACUGAAGAUGAGGUCACCCAUCGCUACCAUAGCCUGGACCAAUUAACAGAAAGAGGAAUAGAUGAAGACCUGAAGAAACUGCUGGUCUGAAUGAUCCACCAAUAGUCUAUUAUUGUGCAGACACAGUGAUUAUAAUUUUUUUGCAUUUAUUUUAUUCAGUACUGCCCCCAAGGACAGUCAAGAACAGUCUUCACAUAUACUUUACGAAAUAAAUAACAAGAAUUAUGCAAAGUAGUGGACAUAUCCUUGUUUCUGAAUAUUGUCUGUUCCCUUAUGAAUUAUUGAAUGCUUGCAGCCAUUUGUGAUGGUUGUGCAUGAGUUCCUGUAUUGUCUUGAGUGGUAAAUCUGCAUAGUCUUCUGACAAACAGCCGUUAGGUCCCUUAGUUGUUGGGUUCUCUUAAAAGCACCACAUUGGGUUUGAGUUCUCAACAGAGAGAUGAUAGUGAGGAUUACAAAAAAGACCAGUCAGCACUAUUCAGAUUGUCAAAAUCAAGUGAAGUACCAGAUCUGUAGAGACCAAGAUAAGAUCAAGAAGGAUUUCAGAGCCAACUACUUUAAGCUUACAUUGAAAUAAAGUAGUGGAUCCACAGUGACUACUGCAGAAGAAAGUGAAAGUUCUGGAGUGGUCCUCUCUAUCCCUGGACCCCAGUGUCGUUCAGGUGGGAGAACUCAAACAUGCAGUGUAUUCAGAGUAAGCACAGAACUUGUGACCUAGAUGCUUUUUGUCAUGAGGAGUUGGCUGAAUUUUCAUAAAAUAAACACACUCAGAGUCAGACACAUCACAAAUGGAUGGAAGAAAUCAUUCAUGCUUGAGGUGACAUCACAUGAUGUUCAGAACCAAUUGUAUCUAAACUUCAACAAAAUAGGUAACUUGGCAAAUGAUUGUUAUUGUGAAAUAGCUUCCAACGGGCAGUGCUAAAUAAAAAAAAAGAUUUUAUGAUCGCUCUCAUUUUUGAAAAUGGUAUGUACAGUGAUCGGAAAAGUACGUCUUAAAGCAAUAGUGUACGAUUCUGUCGUUGUUUUAACCCUCCUGUCAGUCCAAACCUGUUCCACAAAGAAAGUUUUUGAAGAAUGUUUACGUUAGUCUUUUUCUUUGCAAUGAAAUUGAAUGCAGACCGAAGUGGUUUUGUGUUCCACAGAAAACAAUUCAACCUGAUCUCAUGGAAAUGUAUAGGCAUUUUACGAGGUGGCUAAUACGUAUGAUAUCGUACAAUGUGAACCGUACAAAAUGUAAGAUUAGUAGAGAAACUUAACACUGAAGACCCACCCCUAAACCUAACCACGCUGCCGCAAAAGCAAAUCAUAUUAAACCAUACGAAUAAUGCCGUGUUCACACCUCGCUCCUUAUUACUCGUUAUUACAAUUACGGGAAUAGUUUAUUUUCGCGCGACUGUGUCUUCACGCAUCCAUCUGUGUCAAAUAGUAGGUGUCAAUCAGUUAUUCGUGCGAAUUUCUCACUUGACAUAAAUUUUUCACCUUGCACGGAAGGCGCAACAAUUUGCAUCUAUUCGCAACUUUGCAUCGACUUUGUAUGUAAUUUACUCGCGCAAACCGUUUAAUUCACGUUUGAUGUGAACACAUCAUAAGAUCGUAUGAAUUCAUACGAAUUAGCCACCUCGUAAAAUACGUUCAAAUUUCUGUGAGAUUGUGUAAAACAUUUUUAAGAUUUUGUGAAUAAUGUCAGAAUUUUAAUUUUGGGAUGAAUUAUUUUGUAAUCAUUUCAUUGUAGAGCCAUUGUGUCUACAUGUAAAGCUUUUAUGGGGUGUGUUCUUACAGAACUAAAAUGAGUCUCACCUUCUGAAUACAUUAGCAAGCAUUAAAAACAUGAGCCAGUGAAACUUUUGAUCUUUGAUACGUAGAUCAUGGCUCUCUACACUUUAAUCAUGCAAAUGCGUCUGAGAAUUUCUUAAACACUAAAGUUAAAUCAGCUCAUCAUACUAAUGGAGAGAGGCAAUGCUGUGGUACAAUAGUAGUUUAAUAGAGCUGAACACCGUAGAUGACAGUUUGAUGAGUUCACUCCUUUCUGCUCUGCUCAUUACUCUCUUCCAACUCUGAGAGGAGGAAAGAGGCGAUCGCCAUGGUAACCGUUGAAAGACAGGGCUACGGUGAACAGGACAGUGAGUCAUUUGCGCUGUGGGUGGAUCACCACAAAACAUAAUUGCUGACCUCACCUCACACGAGUGACUUCCAGAAGCAUCCAAAAGAGACAUUUUCAAAAGACCAAACUCUUCCAUCUGUGACCUCGUACUUCCUCAUCUGUCCUUCCUUUGUGCAAGUGUGCUUGAUGUGUAAAAUGACACUGUUUCAGAUCCUCGGUUUCUUUUCUUUUCACGUAUCGAUGUUUAAAGAUGAUCAUAUUCUGUACAUGACUGUAUUUUUACCUUGUAAUUACACAAAAUUGAUUAUAAAUGAGAUAUUUUAGUUUUCUGCUUAGUCAUUCUUCUUUCCAAACAAAUCGUGUGAAUAUUUUUAGAGCAGUUUCAUCCACUAACCCUAAUAAACAAAGAUGUUUGUACCUA